UACAACAUUAAUGCCAACAUUACUGCAUAACAUAUUUCGACCUAAGUUAAAGUAAUACCUAACACUAAAAUAAUAAUACCAAAACAUGUUUAUAAGCGAGGGGAAGUCAAAUUGAGCUCCAAUGAACCAAGAACUCGCUCUCUUGCAGACUGUGCGAGAGCGCGUGAACGUUCCUGGGACACCGGACUGCGCGCGCGACCGUGUUUCUGUGGAUCCCUCUGCAGACAGACGCAGUGUACCGACACCGACAGACCGGACACCGGGACACGCACGAGCUCAGGGAGACACGCUGAACUACAGAAACAUGAGGUCACCACUUUGUCAGAGAAAUGGAAUAACAUUUAAACUGAAAAAGAAAUCUUGAAGAUUUGUUUUCUUGGUGGAGCUCUUUGGCAGGUAUCUUUCUUUCCCCAUCUGGGAUUCGCUGACUGGGCGACGAGCUCGAGAAAAUGAAAUCCCAUGAGGGAGACAUGGAGAGAGAGAUCUCUAAGGUUCAGGGGAUGGUGUGUGAGUUACGGGCAGGGUUUUCUCGAGCGCUGCUGGAGCUGAAUCAGAUUCAGCAGGGAGACACAGAGCUGCAGAGCCAGCUGGAGGACACCAGACACGGCUGCAACAAGCGGGCCCUUCACCUCGAGAGCCUGGUGUUGUCCCUUAAGGAGGAGCUGGAGGAGGUACGCUGUCAGUUUCGUCAGCUUUGUGAGGCACAAGACAGAAAGCCACCAGAGAAUGCAGGACGAGAGAACAGUAAUGGAGUGGAUGACAGUAGUGGAUGCAGUAGUGAUGGUGCAGCAGAGGCUCCUCAUGUUUCAUCAGCAGGAGGUGCUCUUCUCAUACACUGUUACCUGCAAGGAUUACAGGUGUGGCAACGUGCCAGACAGAAUACAGGUGCAGAUGUUCAUUCCUGCCAAGCAACACACAGCUGCUUAAGGCGAGGCAGGAGGCGGGCAGUGGUGGAGAUGCUGCUGCAGUCUGAACGCGAUUAUGUUUCUACAUUGAAUCAGCUCUAUGAGAAAUACAAGUCUGCAGAGCAAAAUGUGGGGUUUGUAAAGCAUAUUGAUCAGAUGCUGCAGCGCCACCUGCUGUUCCGCAACACCCUAGAAGAGCGUCUGACCACUGACGAGAGAAGCUGCGCUGCUGGAGACGCUUUUCUCAACCUCACUGGACAAAACAAUAACUCUUUCUCUGAUGUAUACCUAGGGUAUGUGUCUGGUUUGGGAACGGUCCUGAGAACAGAGUUCAGUACAAAUUCACCUCAAAGCAAUCCACAAAACACACAGGAGGAGAAGGAAAGCUGCAGGUUGCUUUCGUUGCUGUUCACUCCUGUUUCCCGCAUUCACACAUAUCUGAACAUCAUACAGGCUCUGUUACGCAGCUCUGGAGCCGGCCAUGCAGACUGGUGUUCACUACAGGAGAGCGAGCGGGUGCUGUGGCAUCUUUGCAAUAGCUGUCACAUGACCUUGGAGGAGGCGGGGCCAAGUACAGAGGAGGCGGGGUCCAGCUCUGAGGGGACGGGACCUGAGCAGGGUUUGAGAAGCAGGUGUUGUGUCGAGAGCCCCGACUGUGGCCCUUCCGCCUUCACCAAGUACUGUGCCAACACUAAUGCGGAUACGGCCAGUGUCUCAGCGGGCGCAGGCAUGGACAGCACUGGACACCAGAGGAAAUGCUGUCGUGUUGGCAUCUCACAGACUCUACCUCGGCCCAGUGGCAUUUUGAGAAAUGGCCGUGAGCAGCACGUGUGUGAGCUUCCCCCUGCUGGCUGGAGAUCAGAGUACAUCUGGAACGGCAGCGCAGGCCAGAGUCACUCAGGCCCCAUCUGCAUCCCCUUCGCUCGUCAUCCCAGAGAGAGCGCACACUUUCUCAAUCCCGGCCCUCCAGCUGGCAUCGGGGGAAACCUUACCACUACGGCCAAAAACCAGAGCUCCUCUGCCGGUUUGGCUGUACGUGUGUGUGGCUCUCCAGGGCUUGAUGGACGCGUUUACACCUCUGACCUGUAUCCUCCAGCCCACCGGCUCGAGGAUGGAGACACAGACUGUGACGUGGCCGAUGCGUCCGUGUUUGACUUCUCCUCAGUGACGACCUGCAGUCCUGAUGAAACUCUCAGUCGGCUCAGGGGAGCAGUAGCACACGAGGACGAGGAGGAUGAUGAAGAGGACAGCCAGGUCCCAGUUCUCCUUAAACCGUCUUACACUCAUAACAAUUCAGCUGUGCAGGCCAGCGGAGGAUUAUGGAUGCCGUGGCAGAUUCCCAGACGGGCUCCCAUUCCUGCGGAGGUUCGCAUUGGGGUGCAGGGGAAGACACGUGGACCAAAACCACACCGCAUCCCCGCCACUGCUUUCCGGCCAAUUUGGGACCCAAAUUACUCUCAGAGUGAUGCAACUCCUGCGAAAGAGACCUCUGUGUCCUUCAGCUCAACCAAUCAGAUCAUUAAUCAGCCGCAAGAGAAUGACCAAUCACGAUCUGGUUAUAGAGGUACUGGAGUCCAGCGGGCUGAAGCAGUGUGGCACGACAGCGAGGACAGUGAAGGACCCUGCAGUACAGUCUGACACACUCCUAAACAGGAGACAAUCAACAUUCCAGACUUCUCUACUUCAGCCAAUAAAACAGUUGGAGGUUAUGAAACAUUUCUUCACUUACCCCACCAGCACACCGAAACACCACAAAAGUCCUCAAGCAGGAUUUGAUUGGUCUGCGAGAUGCUGAUAUAACAGGAUGCACGUAAAGUCAGAAGAAUAAAAACGUUCAGUAGAAAAUAA